UUCUGCAAUGUUACAACCUCCCACUAUCAUGGACCCUCUAAUUCUGUUGUCAAGCCUAGUUGCCCUGUCGAUGUUUAUGUACUACUUGUAUCAAUCGAAGAAACCAAUCACUCAUAAAACAGCGAGAUGUAGUGUGCCUGAAGUCGGUGGUGCUUGGCCUAUUAUUGGCCACAUGCACCUCUUUGGUGGCCGGAAAUUGAUUUACAGAACACUGAGUGACAUGGCUGACAAUUAUGGAUCAGUCUUCACUAUAUGGUUAGGUUCACACAAAGCUUUGGUUGUGAGUAAGUGGGAAAUCGCCAAAGAGAUUUUUACUGUUCAUGAUUUGGCUUUCUCCAGCAGGCCAAACAUGGCUGCCUCAAAGCUCCUAUGUUAUGACUAUGCUAUGUUUGGCUUUGCUCCUUACGGGCCUUACUGGCGAGAGAUGCGCAAGAUAAUUACCGUUGAACUUCUGUCAAACUACAAGCUAGAUAUGUUCAAGCACAUAAGAGCUUCAGAGGUGCAGACUUCAAUAAAAGAAUUGUACAAGACUUAUUUAAGCAGAAGUAGUACAGAAAGUGGAGUUCUUGUCGAAAUGAAGCAGUGGUUUAAAGAUUUGACAUUUAAUGUUACUUUGAGAAUGGUAGCUGGGAGAAGGUUCUCCGGAAGUGGUGAUGAUGAGGAGAAAGGAAGGGCACGACACUGCCAAAAGCUAAUCAACAAUUUCUUUUAUCUGUUUGGGGUAUUUGUUUUAUCUGAUGCAAUACCAUCUCUUGGGUGGUUGGAUUUUGGAGGAUAUAAAAAAGCCAUGAAGAAAACUGCCAAGGAACUAGAUGCUCUUGCUGGAGAAUGGCUGGAGGAGCAUAAACAGAGAAAAAAGUUGGGUGGAGAAGCAAGGGAGGAUCUAAAUUUCAUGGAUGUUAUUUCAGGAUGGAAUCAUGACUCAUUUAAGCAGAAUGGUAUCAACGCUAAGAUAUCUGGUUUCGAUGUUGGUACCAUUAAGAAGGCAACUUACCUGAAUUUAAUCAUGGCAUCAGACACCAAUAUGGUCCCUCUCACUUGGGCCUUAGCGUUACUACUCAACAAUCCUCAUGCGUUGAAAAAGGCUCAAGACGAGCUGGAUAUCCAUGUUGGCAAGGACAGACAUGUGGAAGAGUCUGACAUAAAAAACCUUGUAUAUCUCCAAGCAAUUGUUAAGGAAACACUUCGCCUGUACCCUCCGGGCCCUGUUAUUCCUCGUUCUGUAAAUACAGACUGCACCCUCUCAAAUGGCUACCAUGUAGCAGCUGGUACACGUGUGAUGCUGAAUGUUUGGAAAAUUCAACAUGACGAGAGCGUGUGGCCUAAUCCUAAUGAGUUCAGACCUGAGAGAUUCUUGACUGAUAAUAAGGACAUAGAGGUGAGGGGUCUGAAUUUCGAACUCAUUCCUUUUGGCUGUGGAAGAAGAGCAUGUGCAGGUAUCUCACUAGCUCUCCAAGUGGUACAUUUGACACUGGCUAGCUUGUUGCAAAGUUUUGGAGUGAUGAAACCAUCAAAUGGUGCAGUGGAUAUGACUGAGAGCCCUGGCUUAACAAAUAUAAAAGCAACACCACUUGAAGUUCUCGUUACUCCCCGUCUUGAUCCCAAGCUUUACACGCAGUAGCUUAAUGUAAUUAUCAUAUAGAGAGAAAGAACGGUGUAGUAGCUUUAGGAGAAGGGUUAUAUAUAAAGCUAGUGGUAGUUGAAGAUUCAAGACUUUGAGUGGCUCUAUUAAUCUAGAUCCAUAAAAAUUCAGCUUAUGAUGUAUAACAAUAUGAUGGACUGAAUAAAAAAGGAAUGGAUGAUAGAAUUAUAAUUUUAUA